AUGGUUACCAACCUAGAUACGACCGCCGUAGCGCAUCAAAGCAAAUCGGCCGAUGACAUCAUCAGAUCCGCCACCUUCCCCGCUGCCCACGCUCCAUCUGUGGACGACGGCUCCCGCAGCGAGGGCGACCGUCGGCCCUACUCUGUGGCUGUCAUAGGGUCAGAGGGCAGGAGGCGGUCCCGAGAAGAGGAGGAGGAGGAGGCCUCGAAACGAAAACAGCUGCACGAGGAACAUCUGAGCAAGAUCCAGUCCGGUUUGGGGAAGUUGAUCCUGAAGGAGGAGAUGGAGAAAGACCAGAUCCGAGAGCGCCACGCCCGCAGUCUGUCAGCGCAGCGCUACGAGUCCAAACACAACAACGGAGACGCAGAUCCGACCUCUCCGACCAAAACCAACUCUUUACCAGGUUACGGCAGAAACGGCCUUCAUCGGCCCCAGUCCACAGACUUCACCCAGUACAACAGCUACGGGGACAUGUGUGGAGGAGGACGAGAUUUUCAGGCAGAUAGGGAGGCCAAGCCCCGCCCCCAUCUGUGGGACCGCCCCCAAAUCCACUUCAAAGAAAACACCCAGAGACGCAUGAACCAUCCACAAGCCAGGAUGGACAGAGACAGGGGGGAGACGGGGAGGAGACAGAGGACAGGUCCAGCCCCCUACCAUGGUCCAGCCCCCUCCUUAGGUCCAACCCCCUCCUCAGGUCCAGCCACCUUCCCUGGUCCAGCCCCCUCUUUAGGUCCAGCCCCCUCCUCCUCAGGUCCGGCCACCUUUCCUGGUCCAACCCCCUCCUUAGGUCCAGCCCCCUCCUCCUCAGGUCCGGCCACCUUCCCUGGUCCAGCCCCCUCCUUAGGUCCAGCCCCCUCCUCCUCAGGUCCGGCCACCUUCCCUAGUCCAGCCCCCUCCUUAGGUCCAGCCCCCUCCUCCUCAGGUCCGGCCACCUUUCCAGGUCCAGCCCCCUCCUUAGGUCCAGCCCCCUCCUCAGGUCCAGCCCCCUCCUUAGGUCCAGCCCUCUUCCCUUGUCCAGCCCCCUCCUCAGUUUUCCAGGAGUCCUUAGAAAAACAUCAGCAGAAUCUGAAGAAACAGCAGGAGGCGCUGAAGUUCAGACUGAAGAAGCUGGCAACCAGACAGAGCCAGAUCACAAGACAGUCCUCGGGGAUCAGGGACCACAUCAUCAGGACCUACCAGGAGAUCCAGUCGGUCCUGGAUGCGGACCUGAGGACCACCCUGUCCCACCUGGAGAUGGAGGAGCGGGCGGCAGUGGCGGCUCUGGACGGACUCAUGGAGACCAACUGUUCCCUGAUCCAGGACAUCGAGCAGGACCUGGCCCGGCUCAGCUUAGUCCUGGACCAGAUGGACGUCCAACCCCAUCCCACGGCAGUCUUCACUUUUCCAGAACAGGACGACAUGGACACAGAAGACAGGGUGGCGGAGGUUCUGAACCGGACCGACCCUGGCAGUGUGAACCUGGACCAGGCUAAAGCCGAUCACAUGAUCCAGCUGAGCUCCAACCUGCUGCUGCUGAUCAGCGCCCAGACGCCCAUCAUCAGGACUGUGAUCAGGAGCUAUUCCAGCGAGGUGCAUCUGAAUCCAGACUCCGCCCACCCCAAGCUCAUCAUCUCCCCCCGCGGCGACAGCGCCACCUACACCGACGCCUGGCAGGACGUUCCCGACGUCCCCGAACGCUUCGACACCACCCUGAACGCCGUCAGCUCGCAGGGCGUGGACUUCGGGCGCCACUACUGGGAGGUGGACGUGUCGGGGAAGACGUACUGGGAGCUGGGCGUCACAUACGCCGCCAUCCCGCGCAAAGGCCCCUCCGAGGACUGCUGGCUCGGCCGCGGCACCGAAUCCUGGUGCGUGGAGUUCUUCGACGGCGAGUACACGGCGUGGCACGGCGGCGUUCCCCGCCAGCUGCCCGUGCUCAAGCGCUUCAGCCGGGUGGGCAUCCUGUGCAGCGUCCCCGCCGGGACGGUGACGUUUCUGGAGGCAGACGCCAUGACGCCGCUGUUCACCUUCUGCGCGGGGACGUUUACCGACCGCCUCCAUCUGGCCGUUUGUCCGGGUCACGACCACGGCGGCACCAACACCAAGCCCAUCAUCAUCUGCGGCGCUCCGUCUCCAACCAGCGAUCUGUGACGGACGCCAAAUGGACGCAAAUGAUCCUGGAAUGUAUGAAUGUAGACACUGGGGCGGGGCGGGGCAGGGCGGGAACGCUCAUGUCCGUCAAUAUCGAUA